UAUUGGCACCAACUCAUUAAUAAAAUCAAGAAUCACAUGCUUUUUGAUAAAUCCAAAAGGAAGAUGAAUAGCUCAGAUUAAGCUGUCUCCAACUCCUCUUCUUGUUCCUGCAAUCUCAUAUUUAUAUCCACAAACACACCAAGAAAAAGAAAAACAUUCAAAAACAUGCCUGAGACUCCCACAGAUUACCCCAUCAAGACAGUUGUGAUCCUAGUCCAAGAAAACCGAUCAUUCGAUCAUAUGCUAGGAUGGAUGAAAUCCAUCAACCCUGAAAUCGAUGGUGUCACAGGCCAAGAAUCCAACCCUCUAUCCACCUCCGAUCUCAGCUCGAGUCGCGUCUCCUAUGGUCACCAAUCCGGAAACGUUGAGCCUGAUCCCGGCCACUCUUUUGAAGCAUGCUACGAGCAAAUCUAUGGCGUUCCAUGGAGUCAGGAGUCAGCCUCUAACCACAACCUGCAUCCUACAAUGGAAGGCUUUGCUCAGCAAGCGGAGACCAUAGAGAAAGGAAUGGCCAACAUAGUGAUGAACGGCUUCAAGCCGGAGCAGCUGCCUGUUUACAAGGAGCUGGUAUCAGAGUAUGCAGUUUGUGAUCGAUGGUUCUCUUCCGCUCCCACUUUGACACAGCCAAACAGGCUCUUCAUACACUCUGCAACGUCCCACGGUGCAACAGAAAACGACACGAAGAUGCUGAUUGAAGGCUAUCCACAGAAGACCAUCUUUGAGUCUGUGGAGGAGGGAGGUCACUCAUUUGGGAUAUACUAUCAGUAUCCUCCUUCAACUCUCUUCUACAGGAACCUGAGAAAAUUGAAGUACAUAGACAACUUCCAUCAAUUUGAUCUGAGCUUCAAAAGGCACUGCAAGGAGGGGAAGCUACCAAACUACGUAGUGAUCGAACAGAGGUAUUUCGAGACAAUACUGGCCCCGGGAAACGACGAUCACCCACCCCACGACGUCUCAGAAGGCCAGAAAUUCAUCAAGGAAGUGUACGAGGCACUUCGAUCAAGCCCACAGUGGAAUGAAAUCCUAUUCAUCAUCAUAUAUGACGAGCACGGCGGAUUCUACGAUCACGUGCCCACCCCCGCCACCGGGGUCCCUAGUCCAGACGACAUCGUUGGCCCCGAGCCUUACAACUUCAAAUUCGACCGCCUCGGCGUCAGAGUCCCCGCAAUCUUGAUUUCCCCUUGGAUUGAGCCUGGAACAGUGCUGCAUGGACCUUCCGGGCCAUAUCCGACGUCGGAAUACGAGCAUUCAUCGAUUCCGGCCACGGUGAAGAAGAUUUUCAAUCUGAAAAGCUUCUUAACAAAGCGAGACGCUUGGGCGGGGACUUUCGAGUGUGUGAUAAACAGGACUAGUCCACGAACAAACUGCCCCGUUGAGCUGUCGGAGCCGGGGAAGAUGAGGGAGAGGGAGGCGAACGAGGAGGUGGGGCUGACGGAGUUUCAGAAGGAGCUGGUGCAGAUGUGUGCGGCGUUGAGAGGCGAUCAUGGAGAGGUGAAGGAUAUGAAGGUGGUUGAGGCGGUUGAUUACGUGGGAGGCGCGUAUCGGAAGUUCUUGGAUGACUGCCACAGCGCGGUGAAGAAUGGAGAGGAUGAGUCGCAUAUUGUAUGCCUCGCGCAUCAGCCGCAGCAAAAGCGUGUUUCAAAGUCCUUUGCCGGGAAACUCUUCGCCUGCUGCGCUUGUGGCCGCGAUCAGGCUGUUCAAUGAUUUUAUUUUAUUUUAUUUUUUAUGUGUGUAUAUUUUAAAUUACAAUAAAUAUGCGUGCAACUUGUUUAUCUUAUAAAUAAAUAUUUACUGUUUGUAAAUUUCA